CCCCAACAUCCACGCACGUGCAGUUCAAACAUUCAAACUCUAACCGAACAGAGACCCCGGCAACAUCCGCCGAUUAUCCUGCUCUUAGCGCGACCUCCUAUUCACCCAGUCUAUACUGGGCAGCAAUCUCUGGCUGUCCGGUUUCAUACAACACAUGGAAUACUAGUAUUCAUGUCGCACCACGAUCAAAAUGUCGAUAUUAUCAGACGAGGAGCUGACCCAGCCGAAGCCGAAGAUGAAGAGGCCCAGCUGCUGCCUGGCGAAGAGAUGGAGAUUCAGGAUCACUAUACGCGCCAGAGAAUAAAGAGACAACGACCGAUAGGCCUGCUCGACAAGAUCAAAGGUCCGCAUCCGCCUCGAAUCCAGACUGUCCAGCCGGUAUUCCCCCGUCUCCAGGAAUUAGGCCCCCUUCUCUUAGCAAGUCAAAUAUCGAGCAAGAAACAUCAGCUUUUGGCACUUGGUUUUGGUGUGCUACUCUGGUUUUGCAUCUUUUUCGCCAUGUUGAGUAAAGAGCUGCCCAUUCAAGAUGGAUCCCAAAACUAUGCAAUCGGUCUAGAUUGCACGGAUACAUUUUUCCGGAUGAAGAAUGAAUGUGCGGUCGACGGUCUCGAUUGUCGCCCUUUUGAUAAAAAAUCUUUUGCUUUCCGGUGUCCUGCCAACUGUGCCAGCGUCCAAGUGUUGAAUGAAAGAGCUGUUGGACCCAUCGAAGUCAUAUAUCGCCCUUUGGUGAUCGGCAAUGGAACCUAUCGUGGCGACAGCUUUAUAUGCGGCUCUGCCAUCCACGCAGGAAUCAUUAACGAUCACCAGGGCGGUUGCGGUCGGGUCUCACUCGUUGGGGAACGCGACAAUUACCCAAGUGUCAAUGCGAAUGGAAUUGAAUCGAUUGCUUUCGAUUCAUAUUUCCCGCUAUCAUUCGUACCCUCAGCCGACCCGGAGCUUCGCUGUUCGUCCGAUCCUCGCAACGGUUUACUGAUUACGACUAUGAUAUUCACGAGCAUCUUCUGCUUACUUGCAACGUCACCACGUAUAUUCUUCGUCAUCUUCGUACUUAUAUUUGCUCAAGUAAGCUUUGGAUCAGACCCUCCCUCGGCAUCAUAUCGGAAUAUUUCUGUACUUCCUGAUCAUAUCUCAAUGUUUGCGAAGCGCCUAUUACCUGCCUCGUUCUGUGCAGUAGUCAUAUACCUUAGCGUUGUAAAACGUACAUUAGCGGGGAUGAAGGCUCCGUUCGAGAAAACGCUGUUUUGGCUUGGAGGAUUCUUCUUUGGUGCCUUGUCAAACUACACAUUCGAAUGGAUACCGAUCCAAAGAUUGACAGCACACGAUCUUGAGCAGCAGCCAGGGGCCAUUGUCGCGCUGGUAGCCAUACUCAUCGUUCUUGUCAUCAUCAUAUUAGGCCAAAUGUACUAUUUCUGGUUAGAAGGCCGGUUGCCACAGUAUCUGAUGCUGUACGGCCUCUUUCUGUCUGGUAUAGUCAUAUGCCUGAUGAUUCCUGGAGUCUCGCUCCGCAUCCAUCACUACAUAAUAGCGCUUUUACUGCUGCCAGGGACGAGUCUACAGACGCGUCCAUCACUACUCUAUCAAGGAUUGCUCCUGGGUCUGUUCGUUAACGGCAUAGCACGAUGGGACUUUGACUCCAUCCUUCAAACAGCCGAAGCUCUUCGGGGUGAUGCGAAGCUUGACUCAGUUGUACCCGAGAUACCCAUACCACAUGUCAGACAUGUGGCGGACGAACUCGUCUCUGUGUUCUCGUGGUCCUCGCUAACAGCGGGAAUGGACGGAAUGAGCAUGCUGGUCAAUGAUGUGGAGCGCAGCCGGAAGUUUUUCAAUGACGGUAUUGACAGGAACGCUAGCACGUUCGAAUUGUCGAGACCAGUCAGCGCAAAAUACAAUGAAUAUGUACGGUUCGCAUUCCUGAGAGGGGGUCGGACGUUGGAUUAUUCCGAUGCUGGGAUCUUCAACGGGACUUGGCAUAUCCCGACGUUGGAAAAUUAA